GGGACCCUUCGCAUGAAGAGGGGGAGAGAGAACUUGAACCCCACGAUUCUCCUCUGAAGGAACCGGCGUGUCCCAAGAUGGAGUAUGUGACGGAAGCUCCCGUCCACACCCCUGGGCACAUCUUGUGCUGUGAGUGUGGUGUCCCAAUUAGUCCAAAUCCUGCCAAUAUUUGUGUUGCCUGUUUAAGAAGUAAAGUAGACAUCAGCCAAGGCAUUCCAAAACAGGUCUCUAUCUCUUUCUGCAAACAGUGCCAAAGAUAUUUUCAGCCACCAGGUACUUGGAUACAAUGUGCAUUAGAAUCCAGGGAGCUUCUUGCUUUGUGUUUGAAAAAAAUCAAAGCCCCUCUGAGUAAGGUACGACUUGUAGAUGCAGGCUUUAUUUGGACUGAGCCCCAUUCGAAGAGACUUAAAGUUAAACUGACAAUUCAAAAAGAGGUGAUGAAUGGUGCUAUCCUUCAGCAAGUGUUUGUAGUGGAAUAUAUUGUUCAGCCACAGAUGUGUGGAGACUGCCAUAGAGUAGAAGCCAAGGAUUUUUGGAAGGCUGUGAUUCAAGUGAGGCAAAAGACUCUACACAAAAAAACUUUCUACUAUUUGGAACAAUUGAUUUUGAAACAUGGAAUGUAUCAGAAUACACUUCGUAUCAAAGAGAUUCAUGAUGGUCUGGAUUUCUAUUAUUCUUCAAAACAACAUGCCCAGAAGAUGGUAGAAUUUCUUCAUUGUACAGUUCCCUGUAGAUACAAAACAUCACAGAGAUUGAUCUCUCAGGAUAUCCGUAGUAAUAUAUAUAAUUAUAAGAGCACCUUUUCUGUGGAAAUUGUUCCAAUAUGCAAGGAUAAUGUUGUUUGUCUGUCUCCAAAACUGGCACAUAGCCUGGGAAAUAUGAACCAGAUUUGUGUGUGUGUUCGAGUAACCAACACUAUCCAUCUCAUAGAUCCAAAUACUCUACAAGUUGCUGAUAUUGAUGGAAACACUUUUUGGAGUAACCCUUUCAAUAGUUUAUGUCAUCCUAAACAACUAGAAGAGUUUAUUGUGAUGGAAUGCAGCAUCAUUCAAGAUCUAAAGCGCAAUGCAGGUGCUGGAAUGAUAUCCAAAAAGCAUACCCUCGGGGAAGUCUGGGUACAAAAAACGUCUGAGAUGGAUACAGAUAAACAAUAUUUUUGUCGCACUCAUUUGGGACAUCUGCUAAAUCCUGGAGACCUGGUGUUGGGAUUUGAUUUGGCCAACUGUAACAUAAAUGAUGAAUAUGUCAACAAAAUGGACUCAAAUAGAGUCCCAGAUGUGGUAUUAAUUAAGAAGAGUUAUGACCGAACCAAACGACAGCGCCGUAGAAACUGGAAACUUAAAGAGCUUGCAAGAGAUAGAGAAAACAUGGAUACAGAUGAUGAAAGGCACUACCAAGACUUUCUUGAGGAUCUUGAAGAAGAUGAAGCAAUUAGAAAAAAUGUCAACAUUUACAGAGAUGCAGCCAUUCCUGUGGAAAGUGACACUGAUGAUGAAGGAGCACCUCGAAUUAGUCUGGCUGAGAUGCUUGAAGACCUUCAUAUUUCCAAAGAUGCUACUGGCGAAGAAGGUGCAUCAAUGAUGACACAAUGAAUUACUAUGGUUUCCAUGUUGUUGAGGUUAGGAUA